AUGGGCCAACGUACCCAUGGUCGGUCACACGGACAUGGCUGUUUCAUCUUGAGCCUAGCGGUUCUCUGGCUGCACCCCACCUUCUUAGUACCCAGUCGCAGCACGCCACGAGUGAAAUGCUCCAGAGGGUCCAGAGUUGAGCUCCAGGCUGCAGUUGAGGAUUCCACAGUAGUUGAGGCGCCCCCAGUGGAUUUCUACGAGCUGUUGGGUGUAGAUCCAGAUGCCACGACGCCCGAUAUCAAGGCUGCCUACCGUCAAGCGGCACGGCGCACUCAUCCGGACUUCUUCCGUACCAAACCCAAAGAGGAGCGGGACAUGGCACAGGAACGUUUCACCCAAGUGAACAAAGCUUUCGAAGUUCUGACGGAUCCGAAGAAGCGCCAAGCCUAUGACCUGCGAGGACUGGCAGGCUUGGCGGAGUUUGAGUUCAACGGCGAGCGCAUCAUUAUGCCUCCCCCCUGGCGUGUCCGUAUUGGCUAUACUGGCCACCACUUUUGGACGAUGAGGGAGUAUUUCAUGGGUUUCAUGCUGGAGACUCUUCCGGAUGUGUCCUACGAAGCCAUCAGCGAUGCCUAUGCUAAGGCCACCUCCGAAGCCAAGGGCGUUGGACAGGCCAUCCUAGUGGAACGCUGCACUGAGAAGCGUGCCAAAGACGUUGUGGAUGCUCUCCAGGAGUACGGCUUUGUUUGCAUGGCUGAAGAGGUGCCAGAUCAUGAGCUCCGAGAAGAAGAGGAUGAGGAGGAAGAGGAAGAGAAGGUGGUGCCUUCUCCUCCGAAGGCGAGUCCUCCCAAGGUGCCGAAGCCCAGUCAGCCAGAAGCGCGGGUGGCUGCACCAGCACCUGCCCCACCAGCUACACCCGCAGCACCACCGCCUGCUCCACCAGUGGCACCAGUACCGGGGCCAGUGGCCGCGCCAGUGCCCGCACCCGUGGCUGCACCAGUGCCAGCACCAGCACCGGUACCGCCACCGCCACCUGUCCCGCCACCAGUCCCACCAGCACCUACACAGCCACAGGUAGUGCCAAAACUCCAGCCGGAGCCAGUGCUGGCUGAAGCACAGGUCGCUGGACAAGUCAAACUAUCUGAAGAACAGAAUGCAGAAGAGAACGAGAAGCCUUCAGAAGCCAAAUAUCCGCCAUUCAACUGGCGAUGGCCACCUUCUGCGAGGCGUCCGCCAUGCUACUUGGGCAGCGAGGCCAUCUUUGGCAAACGAAGCCGUGGACUGCGGUGA